AUGUUGAAUAAUUAUCUAUAUCCUAAUUUGGUCAAACAUCUAGAAUUUGAUGACGCCCAAUCUAAUACUGCAAAUAAACGAGAGCUGGAAACUAAUCUAUUCGAUUCUCUUGCCAAUAAAGUCUACGAGCAAGAAAAUAGAGAAAUUGACUUUGCUUUUGCAAAAAGACGCUGGUUAUUAAGAACAACCGGAAAGAGGACUGAACCCUGCCAAUAUACCAAAGAGGAUUAA